AUGCCAUUCUGCACUAACUGUGGUCAAAGUAUUUCGUUUUCAGCAAAGUUUUGUACUAACUGUGGCACCCCAGUAAAGUCAACUCCUUCCAAUAAUCUUAAAACUGCUAGUUUAACACCAACAAUAACCAAAUCCUCUACUUCGUCUUCUCUAAAACCUGUUACAAGCACUAACACAACUCGAAGUACUAAACCAACUUCAAGUAAUUCGACCUCUUCAAGUUCUUCAAUAAGUAGUAAAAAAAGUUAUUUUGAAAGUAAAGAUAAAGAAGUACAAAAGGAAAAGAAAGUAAAACAACCCAAAGAAAAAUCUCAUAUCCAUUUUGUUUUUAGUAGUAGCCCUGACCCAAUGACUCAUAGCUUAACACCAACAUCUUCUGACUUUGAUUUUAUUCAGAGAGAUCAUAAAGACACUUAUGAAGAAACUAAAAAACAAAGAGAAAAACAAGAACAAAAAAGAAAAAAACAAGAAGAAAAAGCUCGUUUUGAAAAAUCAAGUCAAGUAAAAAGUAGUUCAACAUCACUUCCUACUUCGAUAAAUUUAAAAAAAAAGGGAGAUGUUAUUGUAUCUAUUGGAUCACCAAAAUCAUCAUCAACAAGUGAGAUAAAGAAAUGUAAGUAUUGUCAUCAAAAUAUAAAUAGAAAUGAAAGUUAUAAAAUAGUAUUUGGGAAUUAUUAUCAUGACAAAUGUGUUCAUUGUUAUAAGUGUAAUCAAAGAAUAUACUCUACUUCAAAAUUUUAUAAUCAUAAAGGAAAAAUUAUUUGUCAUCCAUGUAUGUUAAAAAAAUUACCUAAAUGUACUCAUUGUAAUAACCCAAUUAAAGGAAAUUGUGUUGUUGUUGGAAAUAAAAAUUAUCAUCCAGAAUGUGCUCCUUCUUGUUAA